UCUACUGUAAUGGGAGUCACUCUUACGGCGGCCAUCGGUGGCGCCGAUAUGCCGGUCGUUAUUACAGUAUUAAACAGUUACUCGGGUUGGGCUCUCUGUGCCGAAGGGUUUAUGUUGAACAACAAUCUGAUGACAAUUGUUGGCGCACUGAUCGGCUCCAGCGGUGCUAUUCUCUCAUAUAUUAUGUGCAAAGCUAUGAACCGAUCGCUGCCUAACGUAAUAUUGGGUGGUUUCGGUACGGCUCCGACGGGACCCGCGAUGGCAAUCACCGGAACGCACACCGAAUGGAAUGUCGACCAAAGCGUGGAAGCGAUCACAGAGGCGAAGAACAUUAUCAUUACUCCCGGCUAUGGUCUAUGUGUGGCGAAAGCACAGUAUCCGUUGGCAGAGAUGGUGAAGAUUCUGAAGGAAAAGGGCAAAAAUGUCAGAUUUGGUAUCCAUCCGGUGGCCGGACGUAUGCCCGGACAGCUCAACGUACUGCUCGCUGAGGCCGGUGUGCCGUACGAUGUGGUGCUCGAAAUGGACGAAAUUAACGACGAUUUUAAUGACACGGAUUUGGUUCUUGUGAUCGGCGCCAACGAUACG